AUGAUUGACAUUUUCUCAACAAACAAUAUUCCAGAUUGUAUAAACAAAUUCAAAAUAAAGAUCAUUCAGAAAAAUCCACAAAGAGUUGAUUAUGUCAGUUACACAUAUGCAAUUACUACAAUCCCUAGUGAAUUGGGUGUAUUAUUUAAUCAUCUAAAAGAAUCAAUUUGUGUCAAUGAUAAAAUAUUUUAUACUUUCAAUGAAGCAAACUUAUAUUAUGAUUUCUAUAAUACUUGUACUAUAUUAUCAAUCGAUCCAAACAAUAAAAACAACGAGAAACUUCGUUCAUUUACAAUGGAUGGUUUCUAUGCACGUCCAUCUGCUGGAAUGUUAUGCUUAAGUGCUUUGUAUUCUAUAACUUCAAUCUUCAGAUCGAAUACUGACCAGCCUCUUCCAAUCCAAGAAGAACCUCAUGAAUUGGAACAGACUAUUCCUGAAAAUGACGUUCCUCUUGAAACGGAACAGUCUCAAUCAAAGAAAGCAAAUCCAGUUGUUGUACAAAGAACUCGUCCAGAUCACGGAAAUUAUCACACAUUAGAACGAGAUUCUCAACCACAAGAAUUUUCUUCAAUAUAUUGA